AUGCCUGCCCCAACAAAGACCUACCCCACCCCUCAGACGACCGAGAUCGUGAACUCUCGUCUGAGGCUCUUGAACAAAAUCAGAGCGGGAGAAUACCCAUUGAUGACAUUCAUGGCCAUUCCCUCAGUCCGCAUGGCCCAGAUUGUUGCCUUAACGGGUGUUGACGGUAUCAUCAUCGACUGCGAGCACGGUCACAUUAGCGACGAUUCCAUGCACAACUCCGUCUCUGCCAUUUCAGCACUGGGAGUAUCACCCAUUAUCCGCAUUCGUGGUCCCGCCCACGACAUUAUCAAGCGUGCUCUAGACACAGGGGCCCAUGGCAUCAUGGUCCCGCAGAUCAACAACGCCGAAGAAGCACAACAAAUCGUCGCCUCGUCCAAGUUUCCUCCACAGGGCGUGCGUGGCCAGGGCUCAGCCUUCCCGGCUAUCGGCCAUGGUCUCACCACCCCGGAAUAUAUGAUCUCCGCCAACGAAACAAUCUUGACGAUGAUUCAAAUAGAGACGCGUGAGGGCGUUGAAAACGUUGAUGCAAUCUGUGCUGUCCCUGGAGUGGACCUCGUCUUCAUUGGUCCGAAUGAUCUUGCACAGUCGCUUCUUGGAUAUGUGCCCGCCCGUGGAGAUGAGCCGGAGUUUGUCGCUGCUGUUGAUAAGAUUAUUGCGGCGGCACGCAAGCAUGGAAAGUGGGCUGGGCGCAUGGUGAACAAUGGUACCAUGGCCAAGGAGGCUAGAGAGCGAUAUGACACUGUCGCCAUCACGGGUGAUACCAAGGCGAUUCAGAAUUGGUAUAUUUCCGAGUUUGAAGUUGCUCGGUCAUGA